AUGGAUGCCAUCCUUGAUGUGGCUUGUACCAUGACGUACUUAGUCAUGUCCUUGCUUGCCAUUUAUGAGCUCCGGCUAAAUGAAACCAUUGCAGGCAAUUUCGGUGACCAACCAGCAGCCAACCUCGCAGCGGAACUGGAACCAGGUUUUGCUCUUCCUUCAGAUGUUUUGGGUUAUUUGGCUGUUUAUUAUUCAAUGGCCCACGUUUGUGCCGUGUGUCGUGCUUUGGAGCACAUUGACUGGAAGGAAGAUACCACGCCCUUGCAACAUUCUACUGCUCGAUCAAGUGCGCGCAGAAAGAGUUCUGCCAACUUGGGGACAUGCGGAACAAUUUGUAAAGGAAUGUACUCUUGCAGCUUGCUGAUCAUCGUGAUUUCUUUGCUACUUUCAAGUCCUUCCUACCCUGGUCAUUUGGAGAAUUUCCGCUGCUUUCCAUGCGAUUGCGUGGAGAUCUCUGAAGGCACGCAGCUUGCAAAUUGCGAGCUUGCAAACAUUCUUGGAUUCAAGGAUGUGAGCCUGAGGAACCCGAAUAUCAGCAGCAUUGCAGAGGGUGCUUUCAGGUCAUCAGGAAGCCUUCAGCGGUUGUCGCUCUCGAGAAAUCCCUUGUAUGUUUUGCACAAAACGGCCUUCCUGACUCAAACAUUGUUGAAGCGCAUCCAUCCGGAUGCUUUUGAGGGCUUGUCAACCUUGAAGAUCCUGUCGCUGAGCCCCAACCACUUGGAGCAUUUGCCAGAGACCUUGUUGUACCCAAUGCCCGCCUUGGAACAGUUACUGCUGGGAGGAGGGUUUGUUGGUUUGAAUUAUCAGAGGUUUUGGUUGGGCAACCAUUUGAGAGACUUACCUGUGGAGCUUCUGGUGCACAGUCCACUCCUUAAGGUUUUUGACGUCAGCCACAACCGUUUGUCAACACUACCCGACGGGCUCUUUGCAACGAACGGAUGGCUACAAACUCUUGACUUGGGAAGCAAUAAACUCAAUGACCUACGCCCUGAACUUCUUGCAGGGCUCGACCAUUUGCAGACACUCGACCUUUCAGGCAUCAUGCUGACGGAACUGCCUUUGGAGAGCUUCGCACUGCUGAGCCAUUUGACCUCACUUGACCUUUCCAACAACGACCUGAUGGAAUUGCCUUCGGAGGGUUUUAUAGAGCUUUACAAUUUGCAGACGCUCAAACUGCGGUUGACCAAGAUCAAGAGAUUGAAUCCCAAAUGUUUUGCAGGGCUCAGCAAUCUGGAACCCCUUGACCUGGAUUCGAACCAGCUGACGGAAGUGCCUCUUGGAGUUUUUGCAGGGCUCAGCAAUCUGCAGACCCUCAGGCUGCGCUCGAACCAGCUGACGGAAGUGCCUUCUGAAGUUUUUGCAGGGCUCAACAAAUUGCAGAUGCUUAGCCUUUUUGAAAACAAGCUGACGGAAUUGCUUCCUGGGGUUUUUGCAGGGCUCGACAAUUUGCAGGAACUUUAUCUGGAUCUCAACAGGCUCACCGCAUUGCCUUCUGAGAUUUUUGCAGGGCUCGCAAAGUUGCAGUUUCUGGGCCUUAGAGGGAACAGGCUGACAGAACUAGCUCCCGAAGCUUUUGAGGGUCUGAAGAAUUUGCGGCGGCUGGAUAUUGUGGGACAAUCUCAUCAAUAG